CCAUUCCUCCCUCCCAUCCCUCGCGUCCAUCCCGUGCUGCCGGAUCGUGGAGAGAGAGAGAGAGGAGGGGCAGAGUGAGGGAGUGAGAGAGCCGCCUCUAGAGAUCGGAACCCCACCGCGCAUCUUCCGGAAGACCGCGCCUCCCUCCCUCCUUCUGGUGGCAACGCCGCUAGCGGAGCGAGGGAGCGAGAGAGAGAGGGAUCACAACAACAAUAAUAAUAAUAAAACGACUCGGCACGAGACAUCGGUGGAAGCUUUCUGCGCUCCAAUGCAAAACAAUGGCGAUGCGGGAUCUUCACAAGUCAACGUGAUGGUCGCCAGCACAUCACAAGCUGCAAGGACGGCCGCACGUGAAAUAUUUUAACGAACUUUUUAAAAGAAAAUCGGAAUAUUAAUAGCAGUGUAGAAUUUUUUUAAAUUUAAUUCCCUAUUUUGUUUCGUAGGUAUACGUAAAAUCCAUCGUCAUAUAACCACAGCGUAGUUUCCAUUUUACCUGUUGGAUUAUUCUUUUUUAUUUAAUAUUUUUACAUCUUCAUUUAGUUAAAUUUAUGAUUUGGUGCCAACCGCCGGAUGUUUAAAUGUUAGGCGAGUCGGGGUAGCCAGGGGUUUACUCGGUACACACCGAGCCAGCCGUGCCAUGGCGAAGUUUGGGGACGAGUUCUCCGUGCGAGGGAGCAACGGGCCCCAUGGUGGACAGGGAGCUCAUGGUGGAGCGGGCCCUCAUGGCGGGGCGGGCCCUCAUGGUGGCGUGGGCCCCCAUGGCGGGCCGGGCCCCCAGCGCGUGUACAAGCAGACGAUGGCCCAGCGGGCACGCACCAUGGCGCUCUACAACCCGACACCCGUGCGGCAGAACUGCCUCACGCAAAACCGCUCGCUCUUCCUCUUCGGGGAGGACAACGCGGUGCGGAAACACGCGCGCCGCCUCACCGAGUGGCCUCCCUUUGAGUACAUGAUCCUGGCCACGAUCAUCGCCAACUGCAUCGUCCUGGCGCUGGAACAGCACCUCCCGAACGAUGACAAGACACCUCUCUCUUUGCGCCUGGAGGAGACAGAGCCAUAUUUUAUUGCCAUCUUCUGUCUGGAGACGGCGAUUAAGAUCCUGGCCUUAGGAUUCGUGUUCCACAAAGGGUCUUACUUGCACAGUGGCUGGAACAUCAUGGACUUUGUGGUGGUGCUGACAGGUAUGUUGGCGAUGAUGGGCACAGACUUUGACCUGCGAACUCUGCGCGCAGUGCGUGUACUGAGACCAUUGAAACUUGUAUCAGGAAUUCCCAGCCUGCAGGUGGUGCUGAAGUCUAUUAUGAAGGCAAUGAUCCCAUUGCUGCAGAUCGGGAUGCUCCUGUUCUUUGCCAUCCUCAUGUUUGCCAUCAUCGGGCUGGAGUUCUACGUGGGGAAGUUCCACACCACCUGCAUGCUCAACAACACAGAGUAUGACAGCGACCCGUGUGGCCUGGAGGCUCCGGCUCGCCUCUGCCCCAAGGACCUCGAGUGCAAGGGCUAUUGGGAAGGCCCCAACUACGGCAUCACGCAGUUUGACAACAUCCUCUUCGCGGGACUGACCGUGUUCCAGUGCAUCACCAUGGAGGGAUGGGUGGACGUCCUCUACAACACCAACGACGCGCUGGGCAACACGUGGAACUGGCUCUACUUCAUCCCCCUCAUCAUCAUCGGGUCCUUCUUCAUGCUCAACCUCGCCCUGGGAGUCCUGUCUGGGGAGUUUGCCAAGGAGCGAGAGAGAGUGGAGAACAGGAGAGCCUUUCUGAAGCUUCGCCGGCAACAACAGCUGGAUCGCGAACUCAACGGCUACCUCGAGUGGAUCUGCAAAGCUGAGGAGGUUAUGCUGGAAGAGGAAGACAAACACGCAGAGGACAGGUCAGCCCUCGAUGUGCUCCGCAGGGCCACGGUGAAGCGGAGCCGUAACGACCUCAUCAACGCGGAGGAGGGAGACGGCUACUUCAGCGACAACUCGUCCGUGGACUCUCCGUUUGCGCACGGCAGCCAGCGCAGCGGACGCCACAACGGCGGCGCCACCUACUUCCGCCGCAAGGAGAAGCACCUCCGCUUCUCCAUCCGGCGCAUGGUCAAGUCGCAGGCCUUCUACUGGGGCGUGCUCUUCAUGGUGGGCCUCAACACGCUGUGCGUCGCCAUCGUGCACCACGACCAGCCCGAGGAGCUCUCCGUCUUCCUGCACUACGCGGAGUUUGUGUUCCUGGCGCUCUUUCUCCUGGAGGUGAUGCUCAAGAUCUAUGGGCUGGGCCCCCGCCCUUACUUCCACUCGGCCUUCAACUGCUUCGACUUUGGAGUGAUUGUGGGGAGCAUGGUGGAGAUGGCGGUGUCGUGGUUGCGCCCGGGAUCGGCGUUCGGGAUCAGCGUGCUGCGCGCCCUGCGUCUCCUGCGCAUAUUCAAGGUCACCAAGUACUGGGCCUCGCUGCGGAACCUCGUCGUGUCCCUGCUCAACUCCAUGAAGUCGAUCAUCUCUCUCCUCUUUCUCCUCUUCCUCUUCAUCGUCGUCUUCGCCCUGCUCGGCAUGCAGCUCUUUGGCGGACAGUUCAAUUUCGAAGAGGGCACACCCCCAACCAACUUUGAUACUUUCCCAGCAGCCAUCCUCACUGUGUUCCAGAUUCUAACCGGGGAGGACUGGAAUGCCGUGAUGUACGAUGGCAUCAAGUCCCAGGGCGGGGUGAAGAAGGGAAUGAUGGCAUCGUGCUACUUCAUCGUCCUCACCCUCUUUGGGAACUACACCCUGCUCAACGUGUUCCUCGCCAUUGCCGUGGACAACCUCGCGAAUGCCCAGGAGCUCACCAAGGAUGAAGAGGAGGAGCAGGAAGCGACGAACAAGAAGAUGUUGUCGAUUAAAAAGGACGCCGAAGAGAUCAGCCCCUUGUCUACCGUGAACACACCCAGCAGCCGCCCUCUGUCGGUGUGGGAGCAACACUCGACCCGCCUGCGCCGCUCCAGCUCAGAUGCCCUCAGGGUCAGCUGCGAGCAGCUGUACAGGUGCGGGAAGCCUUACAGCGAGCUGGACCCCGCGGCCCAGCGGCGGAUGGCCUACUCGCUCCACAUCGGGCCGGACUCGCACAGCCACCUGGACCGCCCGCUCAGCGUCACGCCGCGCCCUGCUGCCCAGUGUGCGUACCCAGACGGGAGAGAGGGCUGGAAGCCAAGUGACAUUUCGGAGGAAUCGAGCGCGCCACAGCGGAAGCAGGGCGGCUCCCGGUGCUCGGGUGUCGCCGCUACCGCCGCUGCCACAAAUGGUGAGGGCACGGACGGCGCCGGGCUCAACCAUCGCAGGGGGCGCGGUCACAGCAAAGCCGCGAACAACCAGGACUCGGACCCAGAGAGAGGACGGAGCCAUGGCACCACGGUGGAGCCCGGCCAGGAAAGAGAGACGGAGACAGGGCGGGGAAGGAAACGCCACUCCAAUCACCGACAUCACCAUCAUCACCAUCACCAUAAUCACCACCAUCACAUUCGCAGGUACAGCCCGGCAGACGAUGAUGUCACCGGAUUGCAGUUACCACGGCAACCCCCGCUGUCCCCACUCCCCGAGGGCGGGGUGCUGGAUGGGCCGGCGAGGCCGGGGGAGUCGGGGAGGCCGGAUGGAGCUGGUGGGCAGGGGGCACCAGGUGGCUCGGAGGGCCCGCAGGGAGCCGGAGAACAGCCGAGACAUCACAAGAAAAAACAUUCCACCUGCAAGAGGAGGCACCAGCCCGUGACGCCGGAGAGCUCCAUGGAUGCCCCCAUCCCUGAGCAGGCGGAAGACGCCGACAACCAGCUCAACAACCGACGAGCCGUCACCGAGACGACUGCACAGCCGCACACGCUCGGAGGCACGCCCAGCGGCCAGCCACAGGAGAACAGCAUCCCCAUGAACAGCCUCGGCGUUCAGCUGGAGGUCCUGCCAGAGAAGAAAGAUGAUGGUGGCGAUGUCAACGGAGGAGGAAGUGGUCCAAAACCGAUGGUGCCUUUUAGCUCCAUGUUCAUUUUUAGUCCAACCAACCCGAUUCGGCGCGCGUGUCACUACGUGGUGAACCUGCGGUAUUUUGAGAUCACCAUCCUGUCCGUGAUCACCAUGAGCAGCAUCGCCCUGGCGGCCGAGGACCCCGUCCGUACCGACUCUCUGCACAAUAACGUGCUCAAGUACUUUGACUUCGUAUUCACCGGAGUGUUCACCUUCGAGAUGGUGGUCAAGAUGGUCGACCUCGGGUUGUUUCUGCACCGAGGAUCAUACUUUCGUGACCUCUGGAACAUUUUGGACUUCAUCGUCGUCAGCGGAGCCCUGGUGGCCUUCACCUUCACGAGCGUUUCCAAAGAGAGCAAGGGAAACAAUCUGAACACGAUUAAGUCUCUGCGAGUGCUGCGCGUGCUGCGCCCCCUCAAGACCAUCAAGCGGCUCCCCAAGCUCAAGGCGGUGUUCGACUGCGUGGUCAACUCGCUCAAGAACGUGCUGAACAUCCUCAUCGUCUACAUGCUCUUCAUGUUCAUCUUCGCCGUCAUCGCUGUGCAGCUCUUCAAAGGCCGAUUCUACUACUGCACAGACGAGUCCAAGGAGUACGAGAAGGAUUGCCGUGGCUACUUCUUGGAGUACGACCGCGACAAAGUGGACCCUCACCCGCGCGAAUGGAAGCGGUUCGACUUCCACUACGACAACGUCCUGUGGGCUCUGCUCACGCUGUUCACAGUCUCCACGGGGGAGGGCUGGCCACAGGUCCUGAAGCACUCCGUGGACGCCACGUACGAGGAGAGGGGCCCCAGUCCCGGCUACCGAAUGGAGACCUCCAUCUUCUACGUCGUCUAUUUCGUCGUCUUCCCCUUCUUCUUCGUCAACAUCUUCGUGGCGCUCAUCAUCAUCACCUUCCAGGAGCAAGGGGACAAGGUCAUGUUGGACUGCACUCUGGAGAAAAACGAGAGGGCGUGCAUCGACUUUGCGAUCAGCGCGCGCCCGCACACGCGCUACAUGCCGGCCGACCGGAACAGCCUCCGCUUCCGCGUGUGGACGUUCGUGGUGUCGCCCCCCUUUGACUACUUCAUCAUGGCCAUGAUCGCCCUCAACACCGUCGUGCUGAUGAUGAAGUUCUACGGGGCGCCGGCCGCCUACGACGACUCGUUGAAAUACCUCAACAUUAUUUUCACCAUCGUUUUUUCCCUGGAGUGCAUCCUGAAACUCGUCGGCUUCGGGUUCCUGAAUUAUUUCCGCGACGCUUGGAAUGUCUUCGACCUCGUCACCGUCGGAGGGAGCGUCACGGACAUUUUAGUGACGGAACUCGUGCAAGUGAACAAUUUCAUCAACCUGAGUUUCCUGCGGCUGUUCCGUGCAGCCCGCCUCAUCAAGCUGCUGCGCCAGGGCUACACCAUCCGCAUCCUGCUGUGGACCUUCGUGCAGUCCUUCAAGGCUUUGCCGUAUGUCUGUCUGCUCAUUGGGAUGCUUUUCUUCAUCUACGCCAUCAUCGGCAUGCAGGUGUUUGGCAAUAUAGCACUGGAUGACGGUUACGGGAUCAACCGCCAUAACAACUUUCGAUCGUUCUUCCAAGCGCUGAUGCUUCUAUUCAGGAGUGCGACGGGCGAGGCGUGGCACGAGAUCAUGCUGGCGUGCCGCUCGCCACGGCCGUGCGACGAGCUCGCCGGCCGCCACAAGAGCGAGGAGUGUGGCAGCGGAUUCGCCUACUUCUACUUCGUCUCCUUCAUAUUCUUCUGCUCCUUCCUGAUGCUGAACCUGUUUGUGGCGGUGAUCAUGGACAACUUUGAAUACCUCACCAGAGACUCGUCCAUACUCGGGCCUCACCACCUGGAGGAGUUCAUACGCGUGUGGGCCGAGUACGAUCCUUCCGCCUGUGGCAGGAUCAAGCACUCGGACAUGCAGGCCAUGCUACGUCACAUGGCCCCUCCGCUGGGGCUGGGCAAGCGCUGCCCGGCGCACAUCGCGUACAAGCGGUUGAUGCGGAUGCACAUGCCCAUAGAGGUGGACGGAACCGUGCACUUCACGUCCACGCUGGUGGCGCUCAUCCGCACGGCCUUGGAAAUCAAGAUGGCGUCCGGGGCAAAAGACCAACUGGCCAUGGACAUGGAGCUGAGGAAAGAGAUCAUGACAGUGUGGCAGCACCUGUCCAACAAAACCCUGGAUCUGCUGGUGCCGCCCAGAACGCCUACCGACCUGACGGUGGGGAAGGUGAACGCCGUGAAGAUGAUUUUGGAUUUUUACCGAGUGCACCGAAGCAAGCAGGUGGGCACGGAGGCGAGCGUGCCGCACUCCAGGCGUAAGAUCGGACCCACCGUGGUGCCUGCUCCCGUCGUUGCCAAGUCUCCGCAAUACAAGCUGGAGUGUAUGCAACCAUUGUUGGCCCCAACCCUCAGUGCCGAGAGUGACUGUCUGCUUUCCCUGGAGAGUCAGGGGCGAGCCGUGUCCAUGCCGCGGCUAGCUGGGACCACGCAGGAGACGGGCCCAAUGAAGAGAUCAGCGUCUGCCGUUGGAAAUGGAAACCGAUGUGAGUUAGAUGACGGUGUGGGUGGAGCGGGGCCUAAGGACAGGCUGGGGCCUGCUAUGAGAACAGCCGGAGGAGGUUCGCGAGAAGGAGCAGGCCCGAAGGAGGGGACAGGCCUGACAGAAGGGACAGGCCCAAGGGAAGGUACAGGCCUGAAGGAGGGGACAGGCCCACGGGAGGGCACGGGACGAACCAAGGGGACGGGGCCCAGGGACAGGACAAGGCCCAAAGAGGGUGUGGAGUCUAAGACAGCCACUUUAGAGGGGGUGGGGAAAGGUGUGGGGUCUGGAGACCGCUCUCAUACCGCGGAGAGAACUGGAAACCAUCGCUACCGAUCACGCGAGCGACACCGUCAACAGCAGCAGCAGCAUCAUCAUCAUCCCCAGCAUUACGACACUGACGUGGAGGCCUACAGGACGUGCUCGCCCAGCCUCAAUCAUGAGAGACAAGUAAGUACCGGAAUGUAUCUCUGCCUGUUCUUUUGCUACCAUUCUCUAUAAUCUGUAUGUUGAUGUAGAAUAUAUUCAGAAAUUUAUAUUUUUACCCCUUGUCACCACUCUUUUGUCCACCCGACUCGCAUUUGUUUUUUGCUAGUCAGGGAGUUGUUAACUGUUACUAGUUUAGACGCCCUCUGUCACUGCCCUGCCUCGAUUCCAUUUCUCUGCACUGCCACGUUUCCACGCCCGAUACGAAGCAUGCCAGCCUGGUUCAUGAGGCCGCAUUGGUUCAUGAGGCCGCAUUGGUUCAUGAGGCUGACAUUGGUACAAGAAGCCACAUUGGUUCAUGAGACACGUUGGUUCACAAUUGUUCAUGAGCGAGGCUCGCAGGCUCAGCCUGGGUUCCCAUGACGUGUGAACCUGGGCCAGCCUGGCACCACGUGGAUCUGGGUGGCAGCUCUCCCUCUAAACAAGGGAGCCAUGCGUUUUUACCCGGGCCCACCUCGGCACCGGCCUGAACCUCACGGGGCUAACGGGGGAAGCAGAAUGUGGGGUUGACGGCGUCUCUUUGCGUAACUCAAAUUGAGGGCCAUGUUUUUCAUGAAAAAUAAAGACGUGCCGGAAAAUUACAACAUUGCCAUUUUUAAUCGCCUACCUCCGGAACCACACGCAGCUCUUUAAGGACUUCUUUGUGACCUUAUUCAUCAAGGACCACCGUCUCACAUUCACGUGCAUUGUGGCUUUUGACAUGUUGAAUUUUUUACUGAAUUCGACAAAAAUCGCUCUUCCUGUUAUUUUGGUGGCCAAAACAAAAAUUUUACCGGGUAAGGCCCACCAAGCUAUAUAGCUCAUUUUGAGAAGUGACCUGGCCACAAAUGAUAGCUC